AUGUCUCCGGCUACCGUCCUCCCGCCUGCUGGCCAGCAGCCCGGCCCCGUCGCCACCGGCACCGUCCUCCCGCCUGCUGGCCAGCAGCCCGGCCCCGUCGCCACCGGCCUCCCCGAGUCCCGCGUUCUCAUCAUCGGCACCGGCGGCACGAUUUGCAUGCAGGAGGGCCCCGACGGUCUGCAGCCCAGCGGCAACUUUCUCGAGAGCGCCAUGGCGCCUCGUCCUACCUUCAAUGACCAAUCCGGACCGCAUGUAACUAUGCAGGCUAGCUUCAAGGGCAAGCCCAUCUCUAUCGACAGUCUACGCACGCCACCGACCGCCUAUGGUCGACAUAUUCGAUAUGGCAUUGUUGAGUUUGAUCCGCUACUCGACUCUAGCUCCAUUUCGUCCAACGACUGGGAUGCCAUGGCCGAGUGUGUAGCUGAAAACUACAACCUCUUUGACGGCUUCGUUAUCCUCCAUGGUACCGACUCGCUGUCUUAUACAGCCUCUGCGCUUUCUUUCAUGUUGUCCAACCUGGGCAAGCCUGUCAUUCUCACAGGCUCCCAGGCGCCGAUUUUUGCUCUCCAGUCCGACGCGGUCGGCAAUCUGCUGGGGUCUCUGAUCAUUGCAGGUACUUUUGUCAUCCCCGAAGUCUGUCUGUUCUUCCACAAUCGCCUUUACCGCGGCAACCGCACCACAAAGGUUUCGGCAGCCUCUUUCCAGGCCUUUGACAGUCCCAACUUCGAACCCCUAGCCCAGGUCAACGGUCUUGGAGUAAGCGUCAAUUGGAACCUUGCCCAACGCGCCACUUCCAUUGCUCCCUUCUCCAUUUCCAAGCGACUUGACACGACCCACGUAGCUUGUUUGCGCGUCUUCCCCGGCAUCAAGCCGGAAAUGGUUGACGCCGUCCUGCAUCUGCCUGACAUCCGUGGCCUAAUUCUGGAAACGUUUGGUAUGGGCAACGUGCCCGGUGGUGUUGAUGGCAGUCUGACCCAGGUCAUCAAGUCGGCCGUUCAACGCGGUGUCAUUGUUGUCAAUGUCAGUCAGUGUGUGAACGGCUUCGUAUCCCCAGUGUAUGCUCCAGGUACCCAGCUUGGCCGCGCUGGUGUCAUCUUCGGGUUGGAUUUGACUGCCGAAGCUGCCCUUGCCAAACUGUCAUACCUCUUAUCUCUGGGAAUCACGAAUGAAGAAAUCUCAGCGCUCUUUCCCAAGUCUCUCCGUGGAGAGGUAACCGAGAUUGCCCAUCCUAUCUUCAGUCAUCCAUCUGCACCGCUUCAGAACCCCGCCUCGCGUCUCACGGAUAUCGAGUCUGCUUUUACGGCCUUGGGAUACGCCAUCCAAAAUGGCCAACUUGGCGUCGUCAAGGAUCUCCUCAAGGGUGAGGGUAGUCAGCUCCUCAAGACGGCCGACUAUGCAGGCAACACAGCCGUCCAUCUUGCUGCUGUGUCUGGUGAAACUGAUAUCAUGCUCGAGCUGCUUCAGCGAGGCGCCAGCGUCCACGAGCGCAACCGCGCUGCCAAUUCACCACUGUUCCUGGCCACCCUCUCCGGCAAGGAUGAAUGCGCACAGCUGCUUAAAGCCGCAGGCGCCCACCUUUCUGUCGAAGAGGUCGAGAGACAACCCCUUGCCACGGCUCCGCGUAAGGAGUAA